UUUCUAUCUCCCUCCUUCAGUCAUUCGCAGCCUCCGCCGCUAGUUUUCGCUGUUUUUUUUUUAUUCCCGCCGUUUCACCUUCACCUUCCCUGUAAGCCGGACGGAAUCCGCGCUUUCGGCCACCUCUUUGCAUUAGACCUUUCUGCACAAGCAACUCAGAAACUAAUACAUCUCAGGUAAAAACCUAAAAGAAGUGCUUCGACGAUAUCAGCCUUCACUCAAACUAUGAAAACCUUAAACCCGCCCAAAACCCCUUUGAGCAUCAACCAGAGGGUUUUGUUUCCCGGUACUUUUUCCGCUUCGAUUUCUUCCUUUCAGCCGAAUUCCACUCGAAGCGGUCGUAGAAUCUCUUUCUCCUCGAGGUCGCUGAAGAGUGAAUACAACAACCCUGAGAAAUCGUCUCUGGAUUCUCUACUCGAUAGCGGCCGCAAAGAGGGUGUUCUUGGUGCGAUUAAGGGUGGGUUGUCCAAUUGCCUCUCUGAGACGAAUCUUCAUUUGACGGUUCCAGGCCUCAAGUCCAAAACCAGAGGGAAGGUGAGGGAUAUAUACGAUGGUGGAGAGUACCUUGUUCUGGUAACCACUGAUAGGCAGAGCGCAUUUGAUAGAGUUCUUGCUUCCAUUCCUUUCAAAGGGCAGGUUCUUAAUGAAACGAGCCUGUGGUGGUUUGACAGAACUCUGCACAUCACUCCAAAUGCUGUUGUAUCUGUUCCUGAUAAGAAUGUCACAAUUGCUAAAAAAUGUUCGGUCUUCCCUGUUGAAUUUGUUGUGAGAGGAUAUGUGACAGGAAGUACUGAUACAUCGCUGUGGACGGUAUAUAAUAAAGGUGUGCGAAAUUAUUGUGGCAAUGCUCUUCCAGAGGGCUUGGUGAAAAACCAAAAGCUACAGAACAACAUUAUCACCCCAACAACCAAGGCUGAGGAUCACGACGUCCCCGUGACUCCAGAAGAGAUAAUUGAACUUGGACUAAUGACUGAAGCUGAGUAUUGUGAAGCCAGUAAGAAAGCAUUGAGCUUAUUUGAGUUCGGACAGCAUGUGGCUUUGGAACAUGGCUUGAUUUUGGUGGACACGAAAUACGAAUUUGGAAAAGGCUCAGACGGUUCCAUUCUAUUAAUUGAUGAAGUGCACACACCUGACUCGAGCAGAUACUGGAUUGGUCAUUCUUAUGAAGAACGUUUCCAGAAUGGCCUUGAACCUGAAAAUGUCGAUAAGGAGUUCUUGAGGUUGUGGUUCAAGAAUCACUGCAACCCAUAUGAAGAUGAGGUUCUCCCUGAUGCUCCAGAAGAACUCGUGAGUGAGCUAGCCUGGCGGUACAUUUUCUUGUACGAGACGAUAACAAAAUCGGAAUUCAAACCACCAUUGACAGAGGAACCAGUUCAUGACCGGAUCUCACGAAAUGUCGAACUAGCCUUAUCAUCCCUGAAGUAAUUUUGAAGUCUCGAGGAAGUUUCAGGGACUGACUUAUCUACGAUUCAACUUAUGCUGGCGGCGCAAGGUGCUCUCGGUCUAUUGUCAAUUUUGUUGCAAUGGCGUGCAACAACACAUGUUAUUGUCAUCAACUGCAGGCAACCUUGUGCUAAUUGCUUGAACUUUCAGACCAUUGGCAAUUUGGCAUCAAAACUAUUGUUUGUUCGGGAAAUACUUGCGUUGACCAAAAAAAUAAAAACCAAUGCCUAACAAUAAUUUCGUAAACAUGAUCCAAGCCUUCCUCAGGAGUCGGGUCACUCAGACCCGAUGCUGGAUUUGCGGUGCCAGAAAUAAGAUUCACAGGCGAAGAUCUACAAUGAUGCAUGGACUAAAGGCGAUGCAUUAGUUAGUUUUCCAUUUGCUUUGCAGAUGUCUGGAGGUGCAGAAUUUGAGCUAAUUUGUCAUACUUCAGAGUUCAGAU